UUAUGAUAUUUUAGCCGGCUCGCUUCUUGGUUUGAAUUACACAAUCGCGAGUGGAAUAGAUCAUUAAUGCGCCAUACGGUUCUAAAAUGUUGAUAAACGGGCACCGACUGACGAGAUGCUGUCGAACGUUGUUGAAUUCUGUGCAGGUCGCACGCGGCACCAUCGGUGUCCAGAGGAUAUUGCUGCCGGGCGGUACAAAUGUGACGAUUCCGUGCCGGGGGAAGAAAGAUGAAACUCGCUUGUUUACCCCCAUUCCCAUCCGGCCAAACCCGGACGAUAUAAAUGUCGGGGCCGAACUCACGGGCACACUCGACAAGGCGGAAAUGUUGAAAGUGAUACUGAAGUUUAGCAAUCGUAAGGAAAUCAAAUUUCUCUGCCUCGAAAAUGGUAUCGACUCCAACCUACAACAGCAAGCCUUUGUAAGCUUUCGAAAGUACUGCCUCGAAACGGACGCCCUGCCGGCCGAUCUACACGUCGUGCUCAGCGACAUCCUCCAAGGUGCGGGCCAUGUGGAUGACAUAUUUCCGUACUUUCUGCGGCACGUUAAACAAAUCUUCCCCCACCUGGAGUGUAUGGAUGAUUUGAAGAAAAUCUCCGACCUCCGGCAGCCGGCCAAUUGGUACCCGAGCGCGCGGGGCAUGAACCGGAAGGUGAUAUUCCACUCCGGUCCGACCAACUCCGGCAAAACGUACCACGCCAUGGAGCGCUUCCUAACGGCCAAAUCGGGCGUUUACUGUGGCCCACUGAAGCUGCUUGCCAGCGAGGUGUACAACAAGAGCAACCAGCGGGGCACACCGUGCGAUCUGGUGACGGGCGAGGAGCGAAAGUUUGCCAACCCGGAGGGUAAACCGUCGGCACACGUGGCCUGUACGGUCGAGAUGACAUCCAUCAAUACGCCUUAUGAAGUUGCGGUCAUUGAUGAAAUUCAGCUGCUGAAAGACGUCGGACGCGGGUGGGCAUGGACACGGGCGUUUCUGGGGCUAAUGGCCGAGGAGAUACACGUCUGUGGCGAACCGGGAACGGUUGAUUUACUACAGAAGUUGUGCGAAACCACCCACGAAUCGCUGGAAGUGCGGAACUACAAGCGUCUCACGCCGCUCCAUAUUGAAGACCAGGCGCUGCAGUCGCUGGACAACGUCCUCCCCGGAGAUUGUAUCGUUUGCUUCAGUAAAAACGAUAUCUACGCCGUUUCGCGCGAAAUCGAGGCAAGGGGACGCGAGGUGGCCGUCAUCUACGGUGGCCUUCCACCCGGCACCAAGCUGGCCCAGGCGGCCAAGUUUAAUGAUCCGGACAAUAGCUGUAAGGUGCUGGUUGCGACCGAUGCGAUCGGCAUGGGGCUGAAUCUAAGCAUUCGACGGGUCAUCUUCUACUCGAUGAUUAAACCGACCAUGAACCAAAAGGGCGAGAAGGAGAUGGACACGAUCUCGGUAUCCGCGGCACUGCAGAUCGCUGGCCGUGCCGGCCGGUAUGGCAUGAAGUGGGAGGAAGGCUACGUGACGACGUUCAAGGCGGAGGAUUUGCCAACGUUGCGCAACAUUUUGGCGCAAACACCGGAACCACUCGCACAGGCCGGCCUGCAUCCAACCGCGGACAUGAUCGAGCUGUACGCGUACCAUCUACCGAACGCGACGCUGAGCAACCUGAUGGAAAUCUUCGUGUCGCUCAGCACCGUGGACGACUCGCUGUACUUCAUGUGCAAUACGGAGGACUUUAAGUUCCUGGCCGAGACGAUCCAGCACGUACCGCUGCCGCUGCGCGCGCGGUACAUUUUCUGCUGCGCUCCGAUCAACCGCAACAUGCCGUUCGUGUGCUCGAUGUUCCUCAAGUACGCACGGCGCUACAGCCGGAACGAGCCGGUCACGUUCGACUGGCUGUGCAAUCAGUGCGGCUGGCCGUUCCAGCUGCCCCGUACCAUCAUCGAUCUCGUACACCUCGAGGCGGUGUUCGACGUGCUCGAUCUGUACCUCUGGCUAAGCUACCGCUUUCCGGAUCUCUUCCCGGACGAGAAGCUGGUGCGGGACAUCCAGCGUGAACUGGACGACAUUAUCCAGCAGGGUGUGUUCCAGAUUACGAAGCUGUUGAAAAACUCCGAGACGGCCGUCUCGACCAACACCCCGGACGAGGACGCGUUCGUGAUGCGACAGAAGAAGAGCAAGUACUACCGGGAAGGAGGGACACCCGGAUCGGCCGGGGGUACAAGGGGUCGGUUAACCGAGCGGCUGUUGGCGCAGGGACUGCUGACACCGGCGAUGCUGCAGGAACUGAAGCACGAGUGGGAUCAGCAGGCGAAGCGGACAGGCCGGGGGUCGUCGACGGGUGGAAGCGCGGACGGUGAUGCAGGUGAUGAUCCGUUCGACGGAGGAAAGAAGGGACCCGGGCGACGGAAAGGUGCGCCCAGUAGUGGUGGAGGACGGAAGAUGAAAUGAAAAGAUAGAAGUAAUAAAGUUUCGUUGGAGAAAGUGU